AUGGAGAGGAUUGCUGACGAUGUGGAGAAAAUUGGUGACGAGUGUGUUAAGGAGAUUGGGGAGGGUGUACGGCAGCAGAUACGCCAUCGAAGGAGACUUUUUGAGAGGAGGAGGAGAAGGGGUUCGUCAGCCUUGGGAUUGUCGGACUUGUAUAAAUCUCCACUAGAGAAGGCCGUGGAUUCGGUGUCUGACUGGGUUGCUGACGUGUCAGCGUCAGUGGCUGAGUCAGUUCCACCCACCAUGGAUAAGGCCAGGCGUGUUCUCACCACCCAGAUCGCAGCCCUCCCUGCUCGCCUGCACCAGAUGCUACCUCCCCGCUCCGCCCCUCUCCCCCUCCGCCUCGCCCUCCUCCUCUCCUCCUCCCUCCUCCUCCUCUGCCUUCUCCUCCGCACCUCCCUCGUCGCACGUAGCUUCCAAGCAGCUUCCGCUGCUGUGCGCUCAUUCUUUGCGCCUGUGCUGUGGGCUGUGAGUCCCGAGGAGGUUUUGCAGCAGCAGGAGGAGGAGGCUGAACGGAAUGCACAGCAGCAGCAGCAGGAGCAGGAGAAGGCUGCGCGGAAGGCAUUGCAGCAGCAGGAGCAGAAGGCUGAGCGGAAGGCCCUGCAGCAGCAGCAGCAGCAGCAGCAGCAGCAGCAGCAGCAGCAGCAGCAGCAGCAGCAGCAGGAGGAGGAGGAGGAGGAGGAGACGGAGAAGGAGGAGAAGAAGGCUGAUCGGAAGGUAUGUGUUGAGAAUUCUAAAGAAAUGCCAGCUUUCGCUGCUAUGGGCUCAUUCUUUGCGCCUGUGCUGUGGGCUGUGAGUCCUGAGGAGGUUUUGCAGCAGCAGCAGGAGGAGAAGGCGGAACAGAAGGCAUCGCUACAGCAGGAAGGGAGAGCUAAUCGGAAGGUAUCUGCUGAGAAUCCCAAAUUAACGGCAGCUGCCGCUGCUGUGCACUCAUUCUUUGCGCCUGUGCUUGGCGGUUAUGCUGGUCUUAAUGGUGGAGUGGAACCAGCAGGGAAAGAGGCAGAAGACAUUCACCGCACCAUGCUGGCUCUUGAAAUGAGUCAGGUUGAUACAACAGAACGCUCAGGUGAAAGUUCAGGUGAACGUGCAGGGAGACCAGCGAAAGCACCGAAGGGCAUGGGUGGAGUAAGUAGUCAAUCUGGGAAGAAAUUUAGUCACCACCUCAAUCAAUGCAACACAGGCAGCAGAGUGGAUCGUAAAGCAGUGAAGGGUCAAAAGAACGGCAAUGGGAUCAAAUCGGAUCUUAUCCCGGAUUGGUGGCGAGAUGCCUGGAGCGAGUUGGCCUUGCAGCUGACACAGCGGUUGGUUACAGGCUCGACUGCAGGCUCGGGUGCAGGCGCGGGCAGUGGCCAAGCUGGAGUGGCUGGUUCGGGAGGCGCUUCGGUGAAGGACACACGGGUCGCUGUGAUGGGUAAGUGGGCUGGGAUGAUGUGGGUUGCAGUGGGAUGCAGUUGGAAGGGGCUGGGGCUACUUGGAUUGGGUGCUUUGGAGCAGUUCAACUCGCAGGGGCACAUCCCGGCAGAUGCUCUCAUUCAGCUCUGGCAGCAGCUGCGGGUCUCACAGGCUCCCUAUCCCGAGGUGACUUUUGAGUCGACUCGCCUGGCCCCGCCUGCAGCUCUGGCAGCAGCUGCUGGUCUCACAGGCUCCCUAUCCCGAGCUCUGGCAGCAGCUGCGGGUCUCACAGUCUCCCUAUCCCCCUCUGCGCCCCGCCCCUAUACACACAGCUCCCACCAGCCGCCCAAACUCCCCACCUCGGGCCCAUCAUUCAUAGUGGCCAUGGCAGAAGCUGUGAGCCUGGCCCCUCCUGCGGCCCUGGCAGCAGCGCUGCGAGGGGUGGCCAGCAGAGUGGCAGCAGAGCUUGUGGCAUGCAAUGUGAGUGCCUUGUGUUGUCUGCUGUGUGCUCCCUUCCAUGGCAGCAGCGGUGUGCCUCACAUCCCCAUCAGCUUUGGCAGCAGCGCUGCGAGCAGAGUGGCAGCAGAGCUCGUGGCAUGCAAUCCGGAACUGGCAUCCUCAGCCAACCUUUUACGUGAGAUGCUGUCACAGCGAGAGCGGGAGGAGCUGGCUUGGAUGUACGAGAGGGCUGCCGGUCCCAAGCAUGCCGCACUCGUGAAAAAAGUACUUGGGCUUUGA